AGUCAACAACAGAUCUUAACCCUUUUUAUAGCCGACACCAUUGCACCGGUACAAGACUUCACAAUCCUAUUCCCCUCUGACUCUGUCACUCCCUUCUUUCUUCUCCACGUCUCCAUUCCUUCAGUUUUAAUUCCAAAUAUUUUCAUCACCACUUCAUUUUCCAUGGCCUCUCUCCCUUCAUCAUGAACAACACCAUGUUCCCCACCUUAGGAUUUCCUAACCUUAGCCCCUCCCAUGAUCACAAUCGAACCGUCCUCGCUGAACUUGACUUCCUCUCCGCUACAAACAAUUCAUCAUUUCAACCUCUUCACACCAACCAGAUUUCUUCUCAUCAUCUCCAUGUAAAUACUGGUUUGCAACUUCUUACCGCUAACGCCGGAAGUGACCAUUCAACGGUGGAUGAUGGGACUUCAUCGGAGGCCGAAGAUAAGCGUGGCAAGAUCCCUGAGCUGGCACAAUUGCAAGAGGACCUUCGACGCAUGGAUGCAGAGAACCAAAAGCUGAAGGAGAUGCUCAGUCAUGUCAGCAGUAACUACGCGAACUUGCAAACGCAUGUUGCAGCAUUAUUGCAACAGCAACGCAUGGAACAAGAGGUUGUUAAAGUAAAAGAUGAGGAGAAAAACCAUGGAGGAAAUGUGCCAAGACAGUUCCUGGAUUUAGGUCCAAGUGGUACGACCGAAGUAGAUGAUCAAGUAUCCAACUCUUCUUCGGGUGAAAGGACUCGAUCAAGCACACCUCCCAACAAUAAGGAUAAGAAAGAGACUGAUCCAGACACUGAGAAAUUGAACUCUUCCAACACUACGGAUACAUCCACUCCAGAAGCCACUAUGAGAAAAGCUCGUGUCUCAGUUCGUGCAAGAUCAGAAGCACCCAUGAUCAGUGAUGGUUGCCAAUGGCGAAAAUAUGGACAAAAGAUGGCUAAGGGAAACCCUUGUCCUCGAGCAUACUACAGAUGCACUAUGGCAGUUGGUUGCCCCGUUCGCAAACAAGUUCAACGUUGUGCGGAUGACAGAACAAUUUUGACAACAACGUACGAAGGCACUCAUAACCAUCCACUGCCACCAGCAGCUAUGGCCAUGGCGUCCACCACUGCAGCUGCCGCUAGCAUGUUGCUGUCUGGGUCAAUGUCCAGUGUCGAUGGAAUAAUGAGCCCCAAUUUGCUAACUAGAGCUAUUCUUCCAUGUUCUAACAUGGCAACUCUUUCAGCCUCAGCACCAUUCCCCACAGUGACAUUGGAUCUCACACACAACCCAAACGCGUUGCAGUACCAACGACCUCAAAUCCCAUUCCCAUCGCAGCCUCAGAACUUUGUGUCUGCACCCACGCAAGCCCAAUUGCCGCAACUGAUUGCACAAGCGCUUUAUAAUCAAUCCAAAUUCUCAGGCCUUCAAUUGUCUAACGAUGUGGGGCCUAAUAAUUCCCAAGCUCCAAGACCUUCCUUGCAGCCAAACCAACAGGUCUCGCUCGCUGACACCGUCAGUGCCAUCACUGCCGACCCUAACUUCACGGCGGCCCUAGCCACCGCCAUCACCUCCAUUAUUGGCGGUUCGAAUAGUCCAAAUAACAAUGCGAACAACAGCAACAAUACUAGCAAUCCCAAUGUCAUCAAUAGUGCAACAAUAAUUAAGUAAUUCUUUAGGAAAUUAACUCAUCUAAAGUUCUUUGGUUCUUUUCUUUCUUGUCGUAGAUUACUGCAUUCCUUCUUUUAUUCGUUUAAACAUGGAAAAGGGAAAAUGAAUUUGUGAAUGUUCAUGAAUCGAUCUGAGAUGUUUGAUAUCUUAUUCAGCUGAAUUCUGUGAUGUUU